GUGGCGCCUCUCAGGGCGGGACGCGAUGGCGCGCAGUUACCUCACGGCGCCGUGCCGUACCGUGCCGUGCUGCGGGGCGGCCUUUGCGGGCCGUGUGUGUCCCCCCAGCUCCCAGCCCUCAGUGCGGCUGUGGGCAGCGCGGAGCGUUGCGAUCCAUCGAGCUGCCCCUUCCUGACAGCGGGGUGUCACAGCACAGCUAUGACCUUUAAGGAUGUUUCAGACAAAGCUAAUAGUAACUGGAGAUGACUUUGGCUACUGCCCUCGGAGAAACCAAGGCAUCGUGGAGUGUUUCCUGGCUGGAGCUGUAUCUAACGUGUCCCUUCUGGUCAACGGAAGCGCAGCAGCAGAUGCAGCCAAGCUGGCAAGGAGAUACAACAUCCCCAUAGGACUGCACGCCAACGUCUCUGAGGGUUCCCCUGUAUGUGAGGUGCUCAAGACAAACUCUUCUCUGCUCAACGAAGCUGGAUUUUUCCAUGGGAAAAUGGGAUUCAGAGCAGCUCUAUCAAAAGGCCUCCUAAAUAUGUCAGAGGUGAAGCAGGAGCUAAAGGCCCAGGUAGAUCUGUUCCAUGAGCUAACAGGCCACCUACCUCCUCACAUGGAUGGACACCAGCACAUUCACGUUCUCCCAGAGGUCAGGCAUGUAUUUGCAGAGGUGUUAGAGGAAUAUGGGAUUGAAUACACUCGUGUCCCAAUUGAGCCAGGCCUUCAUAACUGUGACUGGAUUGAGCCAUCCCUGAUGGACUUCUAUGUGGGAGUAGAAGAAGAUUCUCUGAAUACAGUGGAUGUGUUCACAAAGCAUGGAAUAAGGUGGCCAGACAUUUACAUAGGUUUGAGUACCAUGGGCAAGAACAUGUCUGUGAGUGCCAUUCGGAAUGCCAUUGAUACGGCCAUCGUGGAGUUCACGUCCAAGGGGCCUGCACAGCCAGAGCCACAGCACAGGACAGUAACAAUUGAACUGAUGGUGCACCCGGGGUACCCGAGUGUUCCUCCCAUUGGUGGCUGUGGGGAGGGACCAGAUGAUUUCUCACAGUCCUGGGAACGCCUGCAUGAACUCCAGACGUUAAUCAAGCCAGAGCUGCAGAGCUAUUACAAAACAAGGAACAUUCAGCUUUGUUCAUUCAAAGAUCUUUAAACAUACAUACAUACAUACCUAUGUUUGUACUUCAAGGAUACACAGUUGCUAAUGUCCCCAGAAGUCAGACCUCCUUCCUAAUACCUCCCAGCACAGCUGACAGGAGCUGUCAUGGCCUGGAAGUUGUAUGAAGCCUUUUGUGAAAGGUGAAGCAGUUCAAGAGCAGUGACAGGCAAGUACCUGGGGGUGCGUGUCCUGCUACUACAGAGCAUUGCCCUGUGAGCGCAGUCAUAUUCCAUAUGAGCCCUCAGCCAGCACUGCUUAAGGCUCUUCCUAGUUUUGUUGUCUCAGCAUUGUGCCAUCACAGGGAAAGGAACAUCAGUGAUAGCUCUUCCAUCCGUGCGGUUUGGCUUUGUUGUUCUUUCUUCCGGGAUGACUUCGCAAGAGCAGCAGUUGUUGCAUAGAGGAGCUCUCCAGCAGUUGCCCACCGCCUUCCAUGAGAAGCACGUGGUAGGUGGUACCAACUAUCAGCAAGUUCUCAAGGGGAGAAAGUCCACGUUGUGUUUAUUUUAAUUCCAAUCAGGAGAGCAUCUGAACUUCAGCAAUUCCUGUAAGUAUUGGUGCGUUCAGCUGCGUGUUGAGAUGUGGAGCUCUCACUGACGUGUGGCUUUUGCGUGGGAUUGUUUUUUCUUCAGAUUGUUGAAGCUCGCUUUCUGCACAAGAGCAACCUGCCUAACAUCCUUUUAAAGCUUCUUUUUAAAUAAAAAGAAAAAAGGAAAGAAUUGCCAUCUUUUCUAAGCAAAAAAAAUAGUUCUUCUACUUUAAUGCUCCAAGAGCUGUGUCGCUGUGAGCAGAAAGCACUCAGGUUAUCUGCUAUGAGCACGAGACCAUGCAGUGCUGGAAGGGCAUCACUGUGUCGGUCACACGGUUUGACCCACCAUUCCUGUGUGCCUGCGGCCACGUUUGUUCUGUACAAACACAAAAUCAUCGAGGGCACUCGGUAAAAUAUUUUCUCGGGUUCUUUCCGCGUUAUUGUAACGGAGCUGGUUUGACACGGGACGUUUUUCUUUAUCUCGUCCCGCUGUGCCCGCGCUGCUCCAACAGCGGAGUGCUCAGGGAGGAGCAGCGCCCUCAGUGCUGCAGUUCGCACCGCUAUUGAGGGCGGAGUUUACGCGGUGCGGAAACAAUGAAACGCGGAAGAGGCCGCAGACCUCAGAGCUGCGGGACGGGACUGAAGUGCCAGAGCGCGGAUAGACACACGAGUGCCAUCUAGUGCCCUCACACGUGCAGCAGCUGAUGCGCCAAUCCCACAGCUCAGCUUAUUCUGCAGCGUGACCGUGACACGGUGGAUAUUUAUAAACCUUAAUUUAAACUUUUGAACUGCAGUAAUUGGUGGCUUUGCUCGGUUCACAACCGUUAGGACGUGACACAGCUCAGCUUGCGUGAUUUCCUUCCAGCUGAACAUGGAAAUGAACACAACAGUCUCACCUGAGUAGAUGUUGUUAAAGAUAUUUGAUCAAUACAUUUUCACAUGAACAGAACGGAAACCCCAUUUUUAAAUUGAGUUGUAAAUGUGGAAAUGAAUACAGAGCUGCUGAAAGACUGCGAAAUAAGGAACCUUUCCCUUGCAUUGCACACGCAGAGGAGGAAGUUUCUCAGGGGCUCUAUGAAAGCUUCACAUUCACCACGGAGUUGAAAUUGAAAGCACACGCAGAGUGCUGUGAUAAACGACGCUGUACAGAGAUACCUGAGGCACGAAAAUGAAAUGUCUGUGAAAAUAAAACCAUGCCACAAUACCUUUGAGAGCAAUUUUUAUUAGGGUAGCAGAAUGGAAUUGCAGAAAGCCUAUACCAGUGUUUGUGGGUGUAGUUGCACCAGUAAGUUUUUAUUUUGGAUUUUCAACUGCAUGUUUAGAAUUCAGCAUGGCUUAGGGAACCAGAGAGCAUAAGAGCUUGAUUUCCUGAGUUAACAAAGGAUUUGAUUUUUUUUCACCUCAGACUUCAACCACACAGUACAGUAUUUGAUCUUUAUCUUCCUUUUAGAGGGCCACCUGCAAACAAAAGCCAUCACUUAUGUUACACACUUCUUGAUUAGAAAUUGAGCUAUGAAGAACACACAAAGAAAACUGAUGGUAACGCUCAUCUUCUAUGUGAUCUUUACAGAUGAAAUGAGAACAGCUAGCAUACAGCACUGCCAUAAACCUCUACAAAUCAGCUGAAGCUCCUUCAGUUACACAGCUCAUCCAGUUUCCUUUCAAUGGCAUCCAAGCCACACUGAAAUAAACGCAGUCUUUAACCUGAGAGGCUUACAACCAGAAAGUAUAUCAAUUGAGUAGUAAUGACGGCAGCAAACUAGUGCUACAGUUGUUUUAAAUAAUAAAAAAUAAUGCAAAUUUAAAGAAAGUUUCAAUUGUGAACAGACAUGAUCAAAAAGUACAGUGACUUGGCUGAUGCAGAACUUACACACUUCAGUUAGACAGAUAAUUUGGCAUUAUUUUAUUAUGAAUCUGAGUGAGCGUGAAGGAAACAAAGUCAGUACCAACUUUCUGCAACCAAAGACACAAAGAUGUGAAAAAUUUGGUAACGGUGCUCUCACAAGCCAGGAAACACUUAGGAAAGGUAAGUUUCCGUCAAUAAGGUGAACGUGGUUUAACUUCAUUUACCUGCCAAAGAAUCCGUCUAAGAACACUUAACAUGAAAUUUCUUAGCUCCCUAACUAAUUAAAAAAAAUUACUUUCAACAGAGGUGAGGUACCGGGCUGUCAUUGUUCACACUAAAUCCAAAAUAAAAGCAAGAUGAGAAGGGCAAAUGAAGGAAUAGCAAAUAUAUAUUAAAAACCAAGAGACCUACAGCUUGAUGCACUACUUCUGCAAGGUCGCAAGGGUAGAGGCUGUAUCAAAACUGAUUCUAGGAGUAGGGACAACCAUCCAGGAGUGAGGGACUUUCUAAUUCAAGUCCUUGCAAAUCAAAGUGAUAUGUACUCCCAGCUACCUAUGGAUUUCUGGAAAUCUGUUUACUCAGUAACAUACUCAGGUUCUACAGGUGGGGAAGGCAGUUUGAUUGUAUGGCAGUUUGGAGCUACAGUCACACUUCAGACUUAGGACACGCAGGCAGAAGAAAAGCAAUAGAGACACAGUAAAGGGUGCUCAGUUCUGAAUAGAAAGGGCAUCCUUCAGCAUGCGUGGGGGUGUGCCUGGAGCAAAGGGAAGAUAGCUCUGCCCAAGUCAGAAUGAUACUUAAAGUAGUCAUUAAAUAAUCUAACGUGUAUUUUUAAAACAUAGGAACAGUAGCAGUGAAGUGUAUUCAGCUUAUUGCUUAAUCCUAAUCUCAUACUAUUUUCAGUAAUAACUGUACAGCAGCUGGGAAGGAAGGGGCCUGAGUGCCAUUCCCUAGCACGUAUGUUGUAUGCACUUGGAUGAAAAAAAAUCUCACUAGCAGUGCUAACAUUUAGUAUUUGAAAUUAACUCACUUCUAAAAUACCGAUUUUCUCACUCAAGACCAGUUCAUUAUUUCAGCAUAUCUCUUGGUCCUCAAUUCCUGAAACUUCUAAACUGGUCACACUGGUUGUCUGUGUACGGUAUCCAAGCUAACUUACACUAACUUCUAUUAAGAAUAAAAGUGAAAGGAGUUUGGAAUCACAUUUUACUACUUGUUUGCUGCAUAUACAUUUUUUUUUUUUUCCCCAGCAUUUUCCAAAAGCAGGACAUAAGCCACAUUCUAGUUCAAUAACACACACAAGAAAUUGGAUUUCCCCAUUUAAUAAACAUUCUGUGGUAACAUCAGCCAGAUUUACAUAAGACCUGGACAUUGUUUCUGAUUGUAGUUGGGUUUGUUUUUUAUUAUGUUACAAACUGAAGUUAAGGGGAACUUGCAGCAAGUCCCACAGAGCACAGUGCAAUGUUUAAGGAGAAGAGUAAACAAAACUGCCAAACACUCAAUCAUUUUCUGCCAGAAGUGGGAGAUUUCUUCUAAGACAUCAGCUUGAGGAGGGGCAAAAACUCAAUGCUGAAUUAAAGGAACUCAGGAUAGUGGGAACUGCAAGGAAAAGUAAGAAAUGACAGCCACAACCUUUUCAAUUUAAGGGCAGAAUAUAAGUCUAAGAUAUUUUUGAUAAAUUCUGACAAAAAAAAAAAAAAAAA